CCGGAGGAGGCGGGAGCUGAGGACCGGCGCGUUCUCCUUGCUUCUUGGGGUCGUGGCCUUGCUCCCGCCUUGCAAGGCAAGGGUCCGGGCGCUUCCGCGCGCGUCUGUGCGCGUGGGGCUUGAAGUGCUCGUGCGUCCGGGCUAGGUCUCUGCGGGGGCAGAAGCAGGAGCCAUGGGUGGGACCUCCAGCACCCGCCGGGUCACCUUCGAGGCGGACGAGAAUGAGAACAUCACCGUGGUGAAGGGCAUCCGGCUUUCGGAAAAUGUGAUUGAUCGUAUGAAGGAAACCUCCCCAUCUGGUUCGAAAUCUCAGCGGCAUUCUGUUUCUGAUGAAGAAUUGAAGAGAAGAGUGGCUGAGGAGCUGGCAUUGGAGCAAGCCAGGAAAGAGUCUGAAAAUCAGAAACGACUAAAGCAAGGCAAAGAACUGGACCGAGAGAGGGCUUUUGCUAAUGAGCAGUUAACCAGAGCUAUUCUUCGAGAGAGGAUAUCAAGUGAAGAAGAACGAGCCAAAGCAAAGCACCUGGACAUUGAAGACAAAGCUAAGCAGCUGGAAGAGAAAGAUCGAGUGAUAAAGAAGCAGGAUGCAUUCUACAAAGAGCAGCUGGCUAGACUGGAGGAGAGGAAGGAUGGCUUUUCCAUAGAGGAAGACUAUGCAGAUAUGGAUCUUUUUGUGGGUAGUGCAGAAAAAUCAGGAAUUUGA